AUGGCUGAGAAGCGCAAGCUCCCUGCACGCGCCGGUCGCGAGCCUGCGGCCAAGCGGCGAGUCUCAGAAGCGGCCACUCCUUCUCAAAAGAAAAAGGCACCAACUCCUCGUGUACCAUCGCCGCCACCACCACCGCCGCCUGAGCCCAUCGAGGCUCCAUUGCCGAUAACGAUCAAAGAUGGCGAGCCUGUCCCAGUCUUGCACGAGCGACAGUCGGCUACCCUGUCGGACAAGGAGUAUCAGUCAUAUGCAGAAAGUGCAGUACUACUUGCGGCUCUGGAGCGAUCGAAGAAGAAGUGGUUGAGCGAUGGAAUCCUCGUUCGAUACUAUACGAAGCCGAAGAAGACGAAGCGUGAACAAAUCGAGAAGAACAACCCGCCCAAAGAUUCGAUGACGAGGGUUGGUCCUUGCGACGUUACCGUUGGACCUCAUCUUUUCGACGCGAUGAUUUACACUGUGAAAGAUCCUAACGCACCACCGGCGAUCCAAUAUGCUCCCCCGCCGAAACAGAUGGUCCACUACGGCCAUCCGAACAACUUCCAGCAGUACCAGCCAUACCCAGGCAAUCAAAAGAGACCUCCUUAUCCUGCCGCAGCUCCAGGACGCCCCCCGCAUGGAUACCCAGGUACUCAUGCACCGCCACCUCAACACCGUGGACCGAACCAGGCGCAACCUCAGCCGGGGCAGAGGCCACCACAAAGUGGUCCAUCCGGACAGCCCGCAAAGCCCAGCCCGGAUCCAGUCAUUCAAAUGCUUGCGACCAGAGCUGCCGCGGAUCCGGAAUUAAAGGCUUUGAUGAGAGUGGUCGCAUCCAGUCAAGCAUCACAAGAGCAGCUUCGUGCCUUCCAGGCUCAUAUUGACGAAUUGAAUGCGAUCAUCAAGGCAAGGGAGCAACAAGAACGUCAUCGGAAUUCCGCUGCAGCUGCAGCAUCUACACAACCACCGCCAGCUCCACAGCCAGCAACACCUGCGCCGCCACAGCGCAGACCGGCCUCUCCACAGGUCGUCAUUCAUCAAAAGCCUAGCUCGGUUACGAAUACCCCGUCACAAGGGCAGGGAACUAAGCCCCAGGCACCUUCUACUCAAACACCAUCUAAAGAGCCCCAGCAACCAGUAUCAGAAUCAAAGGUACCGCCCACAACGGCACCAGAGAAGCCGCCAGUUGGAGGGCCGCCUCAGCCUACACCUCAACCUCAGACCCCAGCACCUGCCCCAGCAACCUCAACACAAGCACCCAGCUCAACCCAGAGCUCUACCGCCACGCCAACAGUGAAGCAAGAACCGGGGAUAACGGCCCGGACUAUCACGCAGGCUACCCCAUCGAGCUCGGCACAACCGGCAGUCUCAGCUCCAUCUGCAACUCCUGGUCCUCCUAGCACCCCUGCCCCCAACACUGCAUCGCAGGUGCAGAGUCCUGCCGUACAACCCCCUCAAAGUGCCAGCAAUGUUCAACAGCAGGUGCCACGACCGGGUCCCCCGUAUCCUCCAUACCAGCAGCAAGCGCCAUACGGAACACAGCCUCCUGCCCAGUCACGUCCACCGCAAUACGGAUCUCCCACGCCCUAUUAUCGUCCCCAGGCGCCACCGGCGAGACCCACGCCAACCCCAUUGAAUUAUAAGUCUGUCGUCUUUGAAUUCACAUCUCCAUUGACACCAUAUGGAAGUAGUACGUCUGGUCACGCCGGCUCGGGCGAUCGCUACUUGUUCCCUGAGCACUCGAUCCUUGAAUGGCUUCCAAACGAGAAUACCAUUCUAGCCUCUUUCCUCAUUGUGAAAAAGGUCGAUCCAAACACGCCAUUCCCAAUUGAGACCGCUCCCGAUGCUGGCACUGGGCGCGCAAAGGGCAAAGGUUCCUCGAAAUCAAAGAAGGGGUCUAAGGCAGAUAAAGCUGCGGAUACACCGACACCUGCCGAUGUCCCUCCAAAGCAAGAACCUUCUGAUACCAAGCCGGAUGCCAAACCGGGUCAACCAGAGACACCUGGCACGCCUGCUGGAAAGCCAGCCACCGAGGCAAAUCUCAAAGAGUACUGGCAGCCAGUCACCUUCCGCAUUCAUGCGGCGAACCCCCGGAUCCUGGAACCUCUGACUCGUGUUGUGAAGCCCGCUGACGAAGUUCGAAAGUACAUGAACGAGAUUAUGGAUCGGGCUGAGCGUGCACCGGAUGGGUUCCCUGCUUUCCGGCUUCCUUACGAAGAUGCCCGCGAGACUUUCGAGGCGGAAAGUACACCGGCUUCUACGGUGGCGACUGGUGCUUCUUCGCGUAGUCGUCCGCCUAAGACAGUGGUGAAACCGGUCGAGGAAGAAUCCGAGGUUGAGAACAACGUUGUCGACCUUGAGGAGGAAGAGGAUUUGAUGGAUUUCUAUGGUGCGCCGAUGGGUAUGCCGCCCUUGCGAGUGUGA